AACUCAUAUUCUUCAUGGCAUCACUGCUCAAUUAACAGUUGUCCGGUCGAAUGCCUAUCGUAAGCUUGGAUUGCUGCAUCUAGUCUCGAAUGAAUCACAUCUUGUUUUCAACUCCAACGUAUCGAAUGGUGUGACUACAUCAAGUGCGAUUGUGGUAGUUCCCACAUCGCUGCAUACGCGCACCACUCUGAAUCUUAUCUCGUGGCUCGAUAGAUGUGGUGCGAGACAUUGCAGCAGCGCAAUGUACGAAACUGCUAGAGUAUUUGCGUCUACAACGUGUUUCUGACGUUUUCCUUCGCGCGGCUGUUCGUAAUCAAUGCGACCGCUAUGCGCUAUGUAAACAACAACAAGAUUUACGCGUCGUCGCUUUCUUCGCGUGGCUCGGCCGACCACGUGCUACGAUUCGGCGUUCUGCGCGUGUAUACGUGUGGCGUAUCGGUCAGUUGGGGGAUCGAAGACGAAGUCUCACGCGCUCGUGUGUUGGAGCCGCUGCCAACAAAUUCCGGGGAACUGGGCAGACAUGCGCGCCGCACCAAACCGGGGACAAUAAUUUUGCGACCCAUGCAAUGCCAUUUCACCAUGCUGCUCGCCGAUGGUAGCAGUAGAUAUAGCGAGGUAUACGAGUGUGGGUGAAUGCUUCUGGUAGGUCCGGCAGCGACGACUGGUCUAGUCACAGUCUGUUCGAACCGUCGAUAGAUGUCGGACGUGGAAAAUUGACGUUUCUCGGUCAAACGGCGCUUAUUAGUGUGCUAACUGCUUGGAGCUCUAUUGUGGGAGGAAGUUUGGGUGGUGCCGUGUAGUGUGGGGUGCAAUAAAUCACUACCUUCCUUUGUGCGUUUUGCUCCUGUGCAGGAAUCCUGCAGUUCACCCAUGGUUUGAACACUGACCUAGCUCCACACUGACUGAGCUGACGAGUUGUGAAUAGUGGAUGUCGACUACAGAAAAAAAAGUUCAAUCAGAGGAAAAGAUUAGCCUCAAUUGGUGAAGUUCAGAAGCUGGUUAACGUCCGGGGGUCGAAUAGUUGCGUUCUGUGCUGAAAGUGAGGGGUAAAAUUUUGCACUGCGGUUUUUUUCGACGUCUCCUCGGGGUGAGGAAAAAGUGUUGUGUUUUGCUACUGCCCCACUUCCUGAUACAACGCAGCCUACCGUCGGUGUGUCGAUCGCAGUUCGAUGUGUGUUGGUGCUGUUUAGUGCAUGGCUGAAGAAGUAUACGCUGUUUGUUGCGCUCAGAAGUUAAAUGGGCAAAUGAAUGAAAAGGCGCUCCAUGGGUGGUGGUUCAGAUGCGUGGAAAAUUCUCCGGUUACAUCCGUCGUCGUCUAAUCGCUUAGCCGGCCAUCUCUCGGGGUGAAAGUCCUGUCGAACAGCGGGAAGAACCAACGCCGUGAAUUGAAUCGCUUGUGGCAAAUCUAGAGAUCCAGUUUGUAUACAGUACGGUGUCGGCAACAGCAAGUGCAAGUGUGUGAAUUGAAUCCAGUAAAUAGCUCUGCUAAGCAGUGAAAAUUUUGUUCAUCCGACGGUGGCACUGAAUAAGCCGCUAGUGAUCCCGUGGCAAAACGGGUGGGCGCUUGGAAGUGGGAGUUCAGAAGAAAAAGCAAAAAAAAAAAAAUAGUCGAUGUAUGUAAAUUAUGCUCACGUGUGGCAUGUGAUCGAAGUGCUGCGAAGUGAAAUUUAUUAGUUCAGUUUGAAGCGGGAAAUUUUUGUGGCCAAAGCAUUGAAUGGCGAAAACGUGAGCUACAAGUUGAAAAUUUAGAAGCAUUCACGGUAUAGUGUGACAUGGAUUGGAUUCUGCUGUGAUCAUGAUGCACAUCCGAAUGAAUGUUCAUGUGCGUUCCUCUCACUCUCUCGCCGUCCUUCUCCUCGCGUCGGCUGUUGUAGAUAGCCAGAGUUUUAUUCGGUGAAAUGUAAUCCACGCUUUUUGAAAUCCACGUUGGGUAAGUGGCUGCAAUUGUGGCUUACCACCCCCAGGCGGCAGUUUGCGGAGGGAGAGAGAGAGAAAGUGGAAGGAAAAGCAAACGAAUCGCGCGCAAAUGUUUUUCUCAGUGUACAUGAUCAUAGAGUCGUCGCUUUCGAAUGUCAUGCAAAAACAGCAAACACUCCAGUUCAGCAGCCCGUUUGUGUCCGAGCGUAUAUACAAUAUCAACAGCAUCCAAAAUUGGCAUUCAAAUUGAAUAGCUCACCACGCGGGUGAGAAGAGAAGAAUAUGCGCAGUCGGAGGGGGAUCCUUCCAGGAAAGUGAUUCAUCUCGUUCAAUACAAUACGGUGCGGAAUUUUCCCCAACAAUUGGAACCUUCGUGUGGCUAACAGCCGAAAUCAUCCCUACAUUUAACCACAUAUGUACACACACAUACGCAUCGUCCUCGUCCACAUAUUUUCAUCAGAGAUAAUUCGAGAACCCUACGGAACGAAAAUCGAUAGGCCCCGCCUGAUUGGUUCUGGGCCGGAGUAACAGACCGUUUUGAUCCCGACAGAUUGAUCCGUCACCCGAAACCCCCGGACGGCGAGACAUUUCAUGAGCCGGGAAAAUGCUCAAACAGAAAAGGAAUGCCAAACCGAAACCGAGCGGCAGCGGCGGAGGCGGCAGGCUACGCUGGGGUUUGAAGAAAAUCUGUUGGGGAUUAAUAAAUAUCACUGUACCGAGGCGCACCGCACGAAGUUGGAUCGAGGCGAAUUUCCAGAAGCGUGAAUGCAUUAAAUUCAUCCCUAGCUUGAAGAAUGAAGAAAUAUGUUGCUGCGGUCAGGAACGAAGAACCCAUCAACUGGUGCCCGGCAUCGAACCGGGCGUCUUGGGCGACAUUUGGCAACCGCAGAAGCACACCAGACCUCAACCGACCGACGCUUACGGUACAAUCGAAUUUCAAGGCGGUGCGCAUCCAACCAAAGCUCAGUAUGUACGCCUAUCGUACGACACCCGACCGGAGCUGCUGGUUCAGCUAUUCACCCGCGAGUGGAAUCUCGAGCUUCCAAAACUGCUCAUCACCGUACAGGGCGGCAAAGCUAACUUCGAACUGCAGCCGAAGCUGAAGAAGGUGCUAAGGAAGGGAUUGCUCAAGGCAGCCAAAACAACCGGUGCCUGGAUUUUCACCGGUGGAACCAAUACAGGUGUCACAAAGCAAGUCGGUGAUGCUCUGCUGCUCGAAGGACAGCAACGAUCCGGACGGGUUGUCAGCAUCGGGAUCGCCCCGUGGGGCAUCGUCGAACGGAACCACGAACUGCUCGGACACAACCGGGACGUUCCCUGCCAUAGUAUAAGCUCACCGCGCUCAAAAUUGGCUGUGUUAAACAAUCGUCACGCUUACUUCCUGCUGGUGGACAACGGCAGCCAGGGGCGGUACGGAGCGGAACUGAUCCUGCGGCGGAAGCUGGAGAAAUACAUAUCGAACCAAAAGUUGCAACCCUAUAAGGCACUCUCGGUUCUAAUGAACUUCCAUUACAAAGUUACGCACUCGAGCACACCUGUAGUAUGCUUGGUAAUCGAGGGUGGCACCAACACAAUCAGAGCUGUGCUAGAAUACGUUACCGAUAGUCCUCCGGUGCCGGUAGUGGUUUGCGAUGGCUCCGGUCGGGCGGCCGAUCUUAUCGCAUUUGUACAUAAAUAUGCUUCCGAUACGGGUGAACAGGUUGUGCUUGAGUCGAUGCACGACUAUCUGCUUGGUACAAUACAGAAGACAUUUGAAGUGAGCCCUGAGCAGGCGGAGCAGCUCUAUCAGGAAUUAUUGUUGUGUACAAAGAAUAAAAAUCUGAUAACCGUUUUUAGAAUACAGGAUCGACCCGAGGGAAAUGCUCCCGAGUUGGACCAGACCAUAUUGACUGCACUUUUUAAAUCCCAGCACUUGAGUCCACCGGAGCAGCUGAGCUUGGCGUUGACCUGGAACCGCGUGGACAUCGCUCGAUCGGAGAUUUUUGUGUACGGCCAGGAAUGGCCCCAUGGAGCACUGGACGAAGCGAUGAUGCAAGCGCUAGAGCACGAUCGGAUUGAUUUUGUCAAGCUUCUGUUGGAAAAUGGAGUUUCGAUGCGAAAAUUUCUCACGAUCCCAAGGCUCGAAGAACUAUACAAUACAAAACAUGGACCAGCGAACACCUUGGGCUACAUUCUGAGGGAUGUUCGGCCGCACAUACCUAAGGGUUAUGUUUAUACCUUGCACGACAUAGGGUUAGUGAUCAAUAAGUUAAUGGGAGGUGCCUACCGGUCGUAUUAUACUCGACGGAAAUUUCGGCCAAUCUACGCGAAAGUGAUGAAUAGCUAUGUAAACACACAUAGGAAGCCAUCGACGUUUGCUAGAACCGCUGGAAUCAACUCUAUGAGCCUAGUUACGGGCCUGUUGCCUGUGACCUCCGAUAUGGCCUUAUUCGAGUUUCCAUUCAACGAGCUACUGAUUUGGGCCGUUCUAACCAAGCGCCAACAGAUGGCAUUGCUGAUGUGGACGCAUGGCGAAGAGGCCCUUGCCAAGUCAUUAGUGGCAUGCAAACUAUACAAAGCAAUGGCUCAUGAAGCAGCUGAUGAUGAUUUGGAUACGGAAAUUUACGAAGAAUUGCGAAGCUAUGCAAAGGAAUUUGAAGUAAAGGGUCUGAAGCUGUUGGAUUUCUGUUAUCGUCAAGAUGCUGAACGAGCUCAACGACUGCUAACGUGUGAAUUGCAAUCAUGGUCUAGUCAAAGCUGCCUUUCGCUUGCUGUGGCAGCCAAUCACCGAGCAAUUCUUGCCCACCCUUGUAGUCAGGUCAUUUUGGCUGAUCUUUGGAUGGGUGGUUUAAGAACGAGAAAAAAUACUAAUCUCAAGGUUAUCUUGGGCCUCCUUGUUCCGCCUUUCGUCAAGAAGCUGGACUUCAAAUCGAAGGAAGAACUCCAACAGAUGCCUCAAACCGAAGAAGAACACCUCGAGAAUCAGUGUCUCGAUUACGAUGACAAUGGCAAACACAACCCAGAUGCAGAGAAUGCUCUCGAAAAACCUACUCAGAAUGCAAAACCGGUUGGUGAUCUCAACUCGACGCCGACCGCGCAGGCGCUUUUGUCCGACACGUACUCUAUGAAAGAUACCAAAGUGCAGGAGAACGGAAAAGUAGGCCUGACCGGAUGUCUGAAGUCAAAAGUAUCGCUCACGGAUUCGGAAAAUACCCAGUACAAGGACUACAUGUACGACCACGACAUGCGGCACCAGCGGCCGCUCAAGUUGAAGAAAAAGUUUUACGAGUUCUACACAGCUCCCAUUACGAAAUUUUGGGCCGAUUCGAUGGCGUAUGUGUUCUUUCUGGUAUUGUUCACCUACACGGUGCUGGUACGGAUGGAGCCGACUCCAAGCUGGCAGGAAGCAUACUCGAUAGCGUACAUCGCUACGCUGGGUUGUGAAAAGAUUAGGGAGAUCGUAUCUUCCGAACCGGUUGCAAUAUCUCACAAAUUCUCCGUAUGGGCGUGGAACAUGUGGAACCCGUGCGACGCAGCCGCCAUCAUUUUCUUUCUCAUCGGGCUGGUCCUGCGACUGCGGCCGUACACCAUGGACAUCGGACGGGUGAUCUAUUGCGUGGACAGCAUCUACUGGUACCUGCGGAUACUAAACAUCCUCGGCGUUAAUAAAUACCUGGGACCACUGGUGACGAUGAUGGGCAAGAUGGUGAAGAACAUGAUUUAUUUCGUCGUUCUCUUGCUGGUGGUGUUGAUGAGCUUCGGUGUGAGUCGACAGGCCAUACUGUUUCCCAACAACGAUGCCAGCUGGCGGCUAGUGCGAGACGUAUAUUACCAGCCAUACUUCAUGUUGUACGGAGAGGUGUUUGCCGACGAUAUUGAUCCCCCAUGUGGGGAAGACCCCUCGCAACCCCAAUGUGUAACAGGUCACUGGGUAACGCCUAUUGCUAUGUCGAUGUAUCUCUUGAUCGCCAAUAUUUUGCUCAUCAAUCUUUUAAUUGCGGUUUUCAACAAUAUCUUCAUCGAGGUGAACGCUGUGUCCCAUCAGGUGUGGAUGUUCCAGAGAUUUACGGUUGUGAUGGAGUACCAGCAAAAGCCUGUCUUGCCACCUCCUCUAAUAGCAUUUUGUCAUUUUUAUUCAUUGUUGCGUUACCUGAUAAGAAAAGCAAAAGGCUUACAGCAGUCACGUGACAAUGGAUUGAAACUAUUUUUAGAAAAAGAGGACAUGGAACGGUUGUACGACUUUGAAGAAGAAUGCGUUGAAGGUUAUUUCCGAGAACAGGAUGCAUUGUUACAACAAUCCACAGAGGAGAGAAUCAAGAAUACCGACGAAAGAGUUGAAAACAUGUCUCAGAAAAUUGAGGACAUCAAUCAGAAAGAGAACAUGCAGUCAGCAACUGUUCAAAACAUUGAAUUUCGUCUAAGGAAAGUGGAAGAAUCGGCUGACCAAAUUCUCUCUCACUUGGCUGUGAUUCACCGAUUUAUGUCAACGCAUACGCAGCUUCAGGAUAACCUGAAUGGAUCGACCGAGAAUGUGAACGCAUUGGUGGGACCAGGUGGAGGAAGCAUUACGUUCGAUACCCGAGCGAGAACGAUAUCCGAAAGUGAUAGCAAUACCGCACCACUGCAACCGAGGAGAAGGAUUAACCGAUCGUUGACUGAGGUUCGUCCGGAUGCAUACAUAUUCGACGAUGGAAUGCACUUUGAGGUUAGAACCGUACCGGAGGAGAACGAGAGCGAUCGCUCACCGGAGAAGUCACUUGCGGUGUCCAAUGAUCGAAAAUUAUCCAUGCGGUCGGAAGAUUCCGAAAUGUUCCUACCUCAAUCGAAGGGGAUGUCCCCUGCCGAAUCAGCUGGCGUUGCAAGCUCCAACGCCAAGAUCAAAACUCCUUUCCUGAACGUCCGUCAGGAUACGGCAAGUACCGAAAGUAAGGAUACUCUUACGCCACUGGAGAACUGUGACGAUCGAACGUUGGUUGGAGAUGGAUCCGCGGAGGAUGUGGUCGAUCCGAACUAUGACGGACUUAGGCAGCGUUCAGUGGCUCGACGGAGGAGUAGUACGAUGGGUGGUGUUCGGAGGAAUUCGGAGAGUGCGUCCGGAUUCGAUAUUAAUAAGUCGCAAAACAGCUUGUACCAGAGUGGGUUGACUAAGCGACAGCACAGUGUCACACAAUCCGAGCCGGAUAGUGGUAACGAGCAACCGGUGCAACGACCGGUUACUCGAGGUAGGAACUUACUCCUACAAAUCCACAAUGAGUAUACCUCUAUCACAGAUGAACUGGAGAGUGUAUGUCAUAUGAUCGCAUCACCGACUUCGUCGUUGAUGGGUGAGUAUAACGACACUCAGCAUGUUUUGAAACAAUCAAUCCAUAAAAAACUGAUUGUUGUAGAUGAACGUCCGAAAAAUGUUAGCGAAAUGAGUAAUCCUGAAUUUGCUGCGCUCAUUGAGAAAAAGCAUUUGAAGGAAUGUGAAGACAGUGAUUACAUGAUGCUAGAGAAAUUGCUCCAAACGCGGGGCUCAGUUGAUGAAAGUGACGACAUGUUUGACGAUGCACCAGAAGAGUAUGGUCCGCGAAAAAUGCUUCGUCGUGAAACUGCUAUUGAAUUGCCAGUCACCCCUUCAAAGUCCAACAUAGUUUCACUAGCAGAAAGCGCAGCCCCAACUGAAGAUUUCACUGUUAAGAACGAACGUCAAACUGCUUCCAAUAGGAAUUCUCUUCGAGAAUCCAAAAAUUCCCCAGUGUCCUUAUCCGGUCAAAAUUCUCCUCGUAGCUCUCAAUAUUUACAGUCUACAUAUCUAAAUCCAUCUUCUUUCGAUACUUCUAAUCGGAUGUACAAAAAGUCAUGCGAAAGCUUACAGAAGAACUCCAGCACUGACACGGAGUACUCCAUGCAGCCGUAUAAAUUCAUCAAGCAAAGCUCAAACGAAACUAACAGUUCAUUCAACAUUGAUAACUCCUCAAUCGCCAACGAUCUCUCAAUGGACGGCGAAACGAGUCUCAACUCCACAGUGAUAGAAAUGCUCUCCGGAGCUAAUCUUGCGCCGGACGAUCGAACAGGUUUCACCAAGCGAACAUGUUCCCUUGGCAGUGCAUCGCUGGUACACCCAUCUGAUUCACGACCAGGUUUCCUCAAGAAGCAAUUUAGCAUAGAAAAGCCAUCAGGACCCGGAGGUAAGGUGUCCGGAUCAACCCCGGAAGGCCUGGAACGGCUGGCUCCCGUGAUACCUCCAACAGUGACUGGACCUAGCGUAUCUGGCAAACCACCUCCGUCGAAGCGCUUCACCGAUAAUCUUAGCGUGCUUGGUACGAAGUCUAUGAUGGCCCUGCUUAAGGAAAGCAGUUCUACCAGUACAGAAGAUACCAACACUGGUCCCUUGAGGGAGCCGAUCCCCUGUAUCAGCACCAACAUCGUGCAGGACGAGAUCGCCAAGCUAUCCUCGAACAUCAAGAGCAGCACAGAUGAGGAUACGGAUCCACCGAUCAACGAAACCAUGUGCUGAUUUUAGUUGUACAUUUAGUUGGUAAGGCGUAGCUUUUCCCACCCGAGCACUCCGAGAAUCCUCCUCCUACCACACAGACCCACCUCCCCGCAAACGUUACUUAAUGGAAGAUGCCGGAACUGCUCAGAGAUUGGGUUCUGGGUGCCCUUCGAAAAUACCACCUUCACCACACCGUUACCACAAACCAAACCAACCACGUACCGAUCACAUCUGUUUGCAUAGCGUUAGAGAAAAGCACCUAUAUCACAACACAACCAAACAUAAUCAUCACAAAAACCAGUGAGGUACACGCCCAACGGAUUCUAUUGACAAGUAUUGUGUGGUGCAAAGCGUAUUGGAUGAGAGAAUAUGUGAGGACUGCGUAAUGGAAAAAAAAAUGAAGGGAUACGAUGAUAUAUUUAGUUUAGGAUUGAAAAUUAGGCUAGGAAUGGCAAGAAUGACUUAUAUGGACGAAACGGUUCGAAUCAAAUAGUGGACAGUGUUGUAUGUGCAACCCUAGGGGCUUUUGCUCGAUAUUUAUCUUUCACAGAUGGCAGUAAGCGUAGGUUUACCCUAGCGCAAAUCGUCUAACA